AUGAUAAUCAAUAUGUAUGUCUGUGUGGGCACAGGUAUGGCACCGAUGGAGAGUGUGAAGAGGAAACUCGACGAUUACGGACACCUGAGGUUUGGCCGCAACGAUCCUAACAUGCAAUCCGCUGAUGGACUCAACUCACGAGUCAAAUACAAUGAUCCCGAUUACGGACACAUGAGAUUCGUUGUCGUCAACUCUUCAGUGAACCAAACAAUGGGUGAUAUCAGCGAUACCACGGACCCAAAGAAGACACAAAUGGACAACAAAUACAAGAUAUUGCAGGCGUUUGAGCUGAAAGUGAAGGAAAUGGUGGACAGCCAACAGAUCCAAGAGGUGGUGAUGAUUGACAACGAGUGGUGUGAUUAUGCCGUGAAUUAUCAUUUGUUUGCACAGAAUCUGAUCACUGGUCUGAAGAAUAGUCUGAACGACGCCCUCAAUGACAGGCAAAGAGUGGAACAGUUGUACGAAUCGGAGGCCGAGAAGUGUCGCCAAUUGGCGGACGCGUUGACCGCCAAAGACAGUGAGACGAAGAUAGCGAUCGAGACGCAGGCCAUUGAAUGGCGCGAACAGAAGGCUCUGAUGGAGAAUCAGUUGCAACGACUCCACCAACAGGUGAACGACCAGAAGUCGCAGACGAGUUCACUGCAGAUGAAGUGCUCGCUCGCCGACCAGACCAUCGCUCACAAGGAAAAUGAGUUACAAAAGCAAAACGCGUUGAAGGCGUCCAUCGGCUCAGAGAUCAGUGGAUUGCGAGACACAGCGACCACUCUUCGCAAUGAUGUCAAUGGUUUGGCCGCAAAUCAGACACAACUCAAGGAAUUAAUUCAAUCGGAAAGCGAUGUGAAUUCAGAUCUGAAGAAGCGAUUGAAGCAAAGAGAGAGUCAAUUGGCGACCAUUCAGGCGAAGAACAGUUCACUCGACGAACAAUUGUCUGAAUUGAGAGCCAAAUUGAAAGCUAAUAGCGAUCUGAUGUACGAGAAGGACGUGCAGGCCUUGCGAUUGGUCCAGAAAAAUGAAUUGCAAAAGCAAGCGAUCGAUGACUUGAGGGAACAGUUGCAGCAAUUGAUGGCUGAAAAUGAAAGUCUCACCAAAAGGUUGACGCAAACUAAUAUCGUUUCGUUUAAUUUGUUUGACACUAAGGAUGAGGAAUCAUAUGCUGAAGAAGUGCUUCCAUCGCAGACUGAUGAGCAAAAUGUGUCCAAUAAAUAA